CAUCAGCGUGGCAGCGUUCCAGGGAUGCGGCUCUGACGCUUUGACCAUCAAUUUUGUGUCAGUUUUAAAGUCUUCGCUAUGAGCUGUAGCUUCCACCACAAGCUGUCUGCGAGUGCAGAUGCAGGUAAGUCAGGUACAUCAGCGUGCAUGCAGUCAAGCUUUAGGGGUUGUCAAACCUAACUUAUCAGCGAAGGCCGUCGCGUUCAUGGCGCAUUCUUCACCAGCUGAGUCAUCUGCAGGGGAGCUUGCAGCCGAGAGGACCGCAGGAGGAUAGUGCCGGUGGCGCUCGAUUGC